GUCCGCUCUUAUUUAAAGCCAUAGGAGACCCGCCGUCUCGCACUUUCCCUCUCGCGCCACGGCCACGCACGCGUGCGCGCGCGCUCACUCCCUCGCUCUCCCUCACUCCCUCGCUCGCGCACGCCCCGCUCUCGCAGCUGCGGCUGACUGUCCGCCACAGCGCGUGUGCGCCGGAGAAAGAGAGACAGAGCAGAGGGAAGGAGAGAGGAGAGGAUAAAGGGGAGCGCGAGAGAGAAGAAAGAGAGCGAGCGUUCGAGAAACGAGAAAAAAAAGAAGAGGAGAGCGAGAGACAAAAGCGAUGAAAUUCCUCGGCGCUGUUUACGUCCUCCUUCUGCUCCCUGCGUUAAGCUUCAACAGCAGCUAUGAAGUGCUGGAAAAGAAGCUGAAGGAGGUGUUCACAGAGAGGACAGGGAUUUUGCGACAACUCUCGAAAACAUCAAAGGAGCUGGACAGCAUAAAGGGCAACCUGCAGUCACUGAAGAAUGAUGACACUGUGCCCAAAAAGGACGUGCAGAGGAUUCUGGAGCUCAGCCACAAACAGAGGGAGGAGAUGAAGUCACUCCAGGCAGCUCUUCAGAAGCAACUGGACGAGGCUGCUGAAAGAGCAGAGAAACAGCAAGCCACGAUCAAGUUUCUGAAGAUGGAGAUGGAGAAAAAGACCAAAAUCAUCAAAGACCUGCAGCAAGAGAAUAAAAGCUUGAAGAACAAACUUCUCUCUGGAAACAAACUCUGUGACAUACAUGCAGAAGAGUCCAAAAAAAUCCAGGCCCAACUGAAAGAGCUGAGGUAUGGCAAAAAGGAUUUAAUUUUCAAGGGUCAGCAGCUCAUGGAUCUGGAGAACAAGUUGAGAGUUGCCAAAGAGGAACUGGAGAAAGCAGCGCUCGACAAGGAGUCACAGCUGAAGGCCUUGAAGGACACCGUCCAUAUCUGCUUCUCAUCUGUCCUACACAGCCAGACAGUCAAUUUACACAGACUGCCAGCCACACCCACUCACCUGAUGAGAUACUCUCCCCUGGUCAACAACUCAAGAGUCACCUUCCAGCAGCCACACGCAAAGGACAUCCCAAAAGUUCCCAGAAUCACAACAAGUAAAUUGCCUGUGAACGUGGAGAUAAUGAGGAGAGAUGGUGCAGGAGUCAAGGACUGCCAGAUGGUAAAGGUUGGUGCAGAAUGUUUCCAGAAUCAGACUGAGAGAACAUCUGUUGAGAUAUCAAAGACUGGCCACAACCAGCCCAGGAGCCCAGAGAGCAGUGGACAUGGCAGCGCACGGACGCCAGCAGACAGUGGCAAGACGGAGGGAGCCCCAGAAAAAACACAAGUGGACAAACACAACUAAGAGACAAUGAGCUAGCAGAUUUUCUGCAUGGUAGAGAUGAAGUCAGAUCAGUUUAAACCCCCCCCUCUCUCUCACUCACAGAGCAUAUAAGCACACACACAAACACACACACACACACACACACACAAACAAACAUGCACAAAAGGAGCGUGCGCUGCAUUAAAUAGUGCUUUGAAUUGAAUUGAUUUAAAUAUAUCAAUUGGCUGUACAUGAAUGAAAUAUAUAACAUCACUCAAUUGUCUUUCACUUGACUUCUUUUGGCAACACUUGUGUUUGUGUCAUACAUUUUGAUCAUACAGUACUGUGCAAAAGUCAGAGACCACCAUUUCGUUUGAUUUAUUUUUUAGUCAAAACAGCCAUUAAAGGUCCAGGGAACCUAAAUCUGUGUUUUCUUUCUAAUCUAAUCUGGUUAGUCUUGCUCUUGCAGUCAAACAACAAAAAUAUACCAAGUAUAUCCUUUAAAUAAUAUUCCAAUUACUAAUAAAUGACUGAUAUAUUUCACCAUAUAUCUGUCCUCUUGAUGUAAACUGCACAGUCCUAAUCUUGGAUAAUGAUAAGGAAUGGUUACAGAAGCAAUAGCAAGGCUGGCGUCAUUUGCCCUGCCGACACAAAAUAGUUCCAUAGUCAGAGAAUCUUCGCGACUAUAUUAUCCAUUUACUAACAUUGUUUGUUUAUUCUUUACUUCAUUCUGCAUUGCUCCGUCUACCCAUUUGCCCGUCCCUCAGUGAGCUGUCAAUCAAGUUGCUCAAAUGCCACACUCACAUAGUUCUCAGCUAGGUCUGAUCAGCGGUUUUUAAGCUGUGUUUUGUCAUAUUUAUAUAUUAUAUUGUUCAUUCAAGCUUUGUUAUUUUUAAUAUAACCCUCAAGUUUAGUAUAAUACAAACAUUUUUAAUAUUGGACUUCUCAUGUUGCGUUAUUCGCUGUGUUAUUCACAAUUCAGCAUCAGAGAAAAGCAGUAAACAUAAUUACUAGAAAAUUACACCGAAGCCUCAACAACUAAAUAUCAGAUUUGUAAAUAUUUAAUGUGUCCACCCUUUGCCUUUAUUACAGCUGCCAUUGUUUUGGGAGACUUGCAGUCAAUUUUUCAAAGAAAUCUGCAGGGAUAUUGUCACGACCAAGUAACCCCAAUUACAGUUUUCAGAUGUCAUUUCAGAUGUCCAGUUUCCUUUUUCUCACUAAUGGCUUAUUCACAGCUACACAUCUUUUCAGAUCCAUAGCACUGAGUUGUCUUCUCACAGUGGAAAGAUGGAAAUACCGGUGGAUAUUUUCAGAUCUGAAGCAAACAUGGAGCUUUAUUUUCUCCUCUCUCUCAAAGAUGAAAGUUUUAAUGACUGUUUAUCUGAUGGUGAUAGUUUUGAUGAUAUACCAGGUCUUGUAUCUUAAAUUUUGAACAACAGGUUUUGGAAACCCUUAUUUUUUCACUCUUUUUUUGACUUUCCACUUCCUUAUACAAGUGGAUUAUCUUAUAUCUAAUCCCUUCAAAGUUGUCUCCUUUAGCCACUGUAGAUACACACGAGAAAGAAAUUGAAAGGCAGCUAAGGUGUGUUUGGAUAGCUGCUUAUGUGAAUGUUAGUGUCUGUUUGAACACAAUGUCAUGGAACAUGAUGUCAGUGAAUCCUGUGGGAGCAGCUUUUGUUGGGAGGUCAGCUGUGACUGGUUGGUUUUAAGAUUGUAAGGAUGGAAAAGGUAAAGUGGCAGUAGGUGAAAAUGUAAAGAGUGGAGAAAUUAUACUUAGUUGUUGAGGCUUUUGUGUGAAUUUCCACUGAAUGUAUGUUUCCUGACUUUUUUCUAACUUUUACAUAACAAAGCUUUUGACUUUAAAGAAAUGGUGUUGUCUGACUUUUGCAGCUAAUGUACACAUUUAAAUUGAUAAAAUCCAAAGCACAAUUUUUUUAGUACACUCAAAAAAAACCACCAUACACACGCACACACACACACACACACACACACACACAUACUUGUAUGUAACACUGCUAUUGUA